UGAAACUUCACACACCCAAUCGGACUAUACUCUCUCUCUCUCUCUCUCUCUCCCUCUCUCCACUUCUCUCAAACUCUCACUAAUUUCACUUCAGUCCCUGCAGAACUACUGAUUCCCAAAACCUCCACUCUUCUCCCCUAAAUCCUCACUCGUCUGCCCUCUCCCCGGCCGUCUGCGUCGCCUUCUCCGGUUGGCCUCCUGAAUCGCUGUCCGCGGUGAUAGGUCCUUCAGCUCGUGGAUAUCUCCAUUUCUAGGGUUUUCCGGUCGACCUCAAGGAUUAGGGUUUCCGCGAGAGGGGAGGGAAGUUGGAGCGUCGCCGGGGGUUUCCGAUCAAUGGAGGCGACGUCCGGUGUCGCCGCCACUCGCGGUGGUUCGUUGGCCAUGUCUUCACCUCGGAAGGAGUGGCGUGCUGUGUCUGAGCAUCAGUCUGUCCGAAAACCCGUAGACGAGGAGUUGGGAAGGUCAAACUUAAGUCAAUCAGAUGAAAGAACUAUAUAUGAGGUACAGCAGGGAAGAGAACCGCUUGACGUGGACUUUUCUUCAAUCACAAUGGAUGGAACUUCCGAGAAUGACUAUUUGCAGCAGCGGCUGCAUGCUGUUGCAAGACAAAGGGAGGACCUCCAGCAGAUGGAGAUUGAUCUUAGAGCUCGCAUGAUUGCAAGGUCCGAAAUCACGAGCAUCCGAAACAGCUUCGAAGCCCAAGUUAAAGAACAUGCAGAUGCUGUUGUCAAACUGCAGGAGCAACUCCAUGAGAAAGAGCAGAUCAUAUGUGACUUGGAAAAGAAAAUGGAAGAGAAAGAUAGGGAACUUCUAGCUAUCAAAAGGGACAAUGAAGCGGCUUGGGCCAAGGAAGAUCUGCUGAGAGAACAAAAGAAGGAACUAGCAACAUUUCGAAGAGAGCGUGACCAUUCCGAAGCUGAGAGACUUCAGCACAUAAAGCAGAUACAUGACCUUCAAGAACAUCUUCAAGAUAAGGAGCGGCAACUUAUUGAGAUGCAAGAUCAGCAUAGAGUUGCUCAAGAAACUAUCAUCUAUAAGGAUGAGCAAUUGAGGGAGGCCCAAGCAUGGAUUGCUCGUGUUCAAGAGAUGGACGCAUUGCAAUCCCAUUCCUUGCAGGCUGAACUGAGAGAACGCAAUGAACAAUAUAAUCAGCUCUGGCUCGGUUGGCAAAGACAGUUUAUAGAGAUGGAGAGAUUCCAUUUGCAUACAAUACAGCAGCUUCAACUAGAGCUGGCUGAAUCGAAGGAGAGAAGUGGGUCCUAUACUAGUGAGUCACGUGUACCACCAGUAAAUUCAAAGGAGGCUUCUCAGUUUGGGCAGAAAGAUGGAACUCAACUGGAUGCAAAUGGAUCUAGUAGACAAUCUGUGGGACUUUCAAAUGGCAAUUCAGACAAUUCUUCUAUUGCGUCAAAUGGGAAUGCGGGUGAGCAUGUUGCUGGUCUCCCAUUAGCGUCAUCAUCUCUUCUUGCAUUACCAGCCUACGUUCCACCUGGACAGGUGACGGCUGUCCAUCCAUUUGUCAUGCAUCAUAACGUACCUCAAACCCAUGUGGGCCAUUAUCAAACAAUACAACCAGCUUCAGCAAUUCAAGAAUGGCAGAAUGCACAGGGUGUAUCUGAAGGUUCCCAGCUUUCCAACCAUAGUCAACUCCCGCAGACCCAAGGUGAUCAGAAUCCAUUGAGCUCGGAGUUGAAGUAUGACUAUCAAAUUGCUGCUAAUGGACAAACUCCUCAGAGAGAAUUUAUGGAUGUUCAUAUCGGCGGAGAUAUGGAGCUCAAUUCUGUUAAUCAUUCAGUUGCUGGGGAGCGACAGGUUCUUGAGUCAAUUGAGAAAAAUCACCUGGUAUCCAAGCCCGAGCAGAUCCUCCAACAUAUUUCUUCUCAAUUUCGCGAUUCUCUAAGUCUGCAUCAACAUCAGCAAACUGAUAAUACUAAGGAGCAGGGUGCUUUAAGUUUGACUGGUUAUGAAGCAGAUAGCCAAGGAGUAAUCGCAGAUCAACCCAGUUCCAAUGUUGAUAUAUCACCCCCCAUUACUACAGUCAAUACUGAAACUAGUGCUAUGGAUUCUACUGGGUCAGCCUUAUCUGAGCCAUUCAUCUCCGGCAGGCAGACUAAUGUGAUGGCUGCUGCCGCAAAGACUCCAGAGCCUAAUCUUCUUGAUGAAAGAUCCCUUUUGGCUUGCAUUGUUCGCACAAUUCCUGCUGGUGGCAGAAUCCGUAUCAGUUCAACACUACCGAAUAGGUUGGGCAAGAUGCUUUCUCCAUUGCACUGGCACGACUACAAGAAGAAGUACGGGAAACUUGAUGACUUUGUGGCUAGUCAUCCUGAAUAUUUUGUGAUCGAGGGAGACAUCAUUCAACUGCGAGAAGGUGCACAGGAGAUGAUAGCUGCUGCAGCGGCCAUUGCAAAAGUUGCUGGUGCAGCUGCGGCCUCUGCUCCCCAUUCAUCGGUCUUGUCUUCUGUAGCUGUUACUCCAGUGGCACAGUCUUACCGCCCCAAAAGCGGUUCUUCCAUGGACGGCAAGGAUGUGGCUCCGCCAUCUGUAGACAGUAAUCCUCCUACCUCGCAGCUUUUAUCAGCUCAGAAUCAGCAUCUCAACGGCCUUUAUUUCGGCUCUGCUGGAGGGCCCAAUGUAAAGAUUCUGAGCAAGUCUAAGAAUCCUACUGAUUCCAAUGGUCUGGGACUACAAUCUGCAUCUGCCUCGAUUGGUAAUGGGGCGAAUCUCAGCAGUGGUGGCCAGAGUAAAGGAGUGUCUAAUGGGAGACCUGUCCCAAGUUUUGCUGGGAAACCUCAGGGCAGGAUGACUGGUCCUGUCUCCACUUCAAGGAGAUAAGACAAACUCGGGUUGCUAUUUACUUCCGCAGCAAGGUAUACAAGCAGCAUUCAAACACAUUUGGGGGAUAUUUAGAACUUCACGGAAAAGGAAGACUUAAUUCUUUCGCAAUGGGAUUUCGAUUUGCCAGGGCAAUUUCUGCGUCCAACAUUGGAAUGACCUGCUGAUUUGCGUUUUCUUCCUUUUUUUAUCUUUUAUUUUUCGACUUUUUUUUUUUUGGGUCUUUUAUGGGUUUCCGGUUUCAUGAGUUGAAGUAACUCUAUUUUCGGAAUGCAUCAAACAAAGUUAGUCACUUGGACAAAGAUGGGCCGUAAAAUUUAUGCGUAUAAAGCCGCUUCUCGGUGAAUCAAAUGGAUUGGCCUUUUGUUGUCA